AUGCAGAACGACCUACGCAGGAUACAGAACGAAACCAUGCCCACGCAAAACCGAACCGGACUUGUGCUCUCACUGGCUAGACGCUUAGAAUUUAACGAAAACAUUCACAACCUUCGCAAGAAGAUGCAAGUAUUUGCUUGCGAUGGAGGGCGCUUCAACGCCAGAUUUGGGCGACUUUUCUCCUGCAUGUAUGGACUCAAUUACACACUGGUUGUGGAGCUGUGUGAACACUUGGUCAUCAACAAUUACGGAACUUCCGAUCUUGAGACCCAAUCG